CGCUGCGCUCGUCGAUCUACCAUAACCUGCAAAUCGCUCAUGUUGUCAAGUCGAGCGAGUUUGCGCAUCCGACCGAAUCGCGACCUGUGCGAAAGAGUUAUCCUUCGUAAUUUUUUAUUAAAACUUGGUCCUAUCAACCACGUGAAUUUCGUUGUUUACGGUGCGCCUCGGAAAAGGUUUAAUCACGGAAGAAUGCCCGAAGAAAAGUCAAGGACGAGUUUCAUUAACCGGAACAUAGGUUAAAGCGUUCCAUCAUAGGGAUUGUCGGUGGAAAGUCCUGAUCGAUUUGGUGCACGAUGGACGUGGAGAAGAUUGCAGUGUUUGCCGGCGUGGGUUUUGCCAUCGCCGUUGGCCUUUUCGUUCUGUGGGGCCCGUCGCCCAAACCUAGAAAAAAAGGUCGAGUUGUUGGAAUUAACAAUUUGGGAUACACAUGUUUCCUGAAUUCUCUUUUACAAGCAUUGGCUGCUUGCCCCUCAUUUAUUUUCUGGCUUCAGAAACAGCAAGAAAAGAAGGAUAGAAACUUUGCUGACACACUGCUUUCUGUUCUCAAAAAAAUUAAUGGUUUUGCGGAUGACCUAUAUGGCAAUGUGACACCUGUUGAAAUCAUCUCUUCCGUUGGCUCAUUGUGGAAUUUCGGACCCGGUUAUCAAGAUGCUCACGAGCUAUUCCACGUGGUUCUCAGUGCGUUAGAUGCUGAAAUGCAACCUGCUAAUAGGAAAGGUUGUUUGUCCGAUGCACUGCCACCAAGCCCGGUUAUAAAUCCAGAUGUAAAAGGAACAGGCGAUACUUUGAAUCUCAGAAGCGCUUCUUGUAAUGACAUAGCAUCAGUAGAGAAUAAUUCCGAUAAUCCAAAGGGCUUUGACAAAAACUGCAACAAUCAGAUGAUGACCUCAACAUCGUCCAUAUCCAGUACAUCUCCGAGCACGUGCAAGCCUGGUAUGAUCCUCGCUAGAUCCUCAGAGUUGCUAUCACGAAGCAUUCAAGGCAAAGGUGACUACACAAGCUUCUUCGGAUCAUGGAAGUCUCUAUGUGCCGCCAUGUCAUUUACUAACAUUCCUUCAAUGUCAGUGGAGACGCAUCCAUUCUCAGGCCUCAUCACUAGCCAAGUUCAGUGCAGCGACUGUUUCUGGAAGUCUUCAGUACGUUACGAUAAGCUUGAGACAUUAUCAUUACCAUUACCACCGCUUGCUUCAUCAUUCGUAUCACAGCAUCACUCUUUGGAAUGGUUACUGUCACGUUUCGUAGACAGCGAAAUUGUGCGCGAUGUGCAAUGUGAUGGAUGUUCGUCGCGUUGCACCGCCAUCAAGACUCUCACCCUCGGCAAACUGCCCAAGUGUUUAUGCUUGCAUAUUCCGAGGACCACUUGGAGCUCUUCAGGCAUACCAAUUAAAAGAGAUGAUCAGAUCACAUUUCCCGAAUUUCUGGUGUUAGAUCCGUACACUUACACGGAGACAAAAAAGAGAAGCGCGCAGGGUGACGCGAAGUUUCUUGGUAACAAUUUUAUAACGAUACAGGGUAAACACAAGUAUCAGUUGUGCGCGGUAAUCGAGCAUCGCGGCCCAGUGGACUCCGGCCAUUUCGUUUGCUUCAGACGCGGAAAUAAAGCGGAUCAAUGGCUGUAUACGUCCGACGUCAUUGUCGAGAGCGUGUCAUUGACGCAGGUGCUGCUUGCCAGUCCAUACCUACUCUUCUAUGAACGCAUCAAUAGCGUUUAUCCUAGCUAGGAACAAAUUUUUGAAGUGAUAGGCUAUCUAUAGGAAUUACAAAAUGACGCGUCGAUUGAUAAUCGGACCGCUCUUUUUAGCCAUGCUUUCUCUCUUAUGCUUUUAGCAUUUAAAAUAAAACAAUUAUGUAUACAACGGAAAUCUGGUGGAAAGAUAGAAUUACAAGAAAUUAAAAACAAUUAUAGAAAACACAGCUAGAAAGAACGGAGAGGAUUUGCGAAAUAUAAGAAACUGUCGAAUUUUCCAUAAUAAGUUUAAUAUCGUUCGAUGUACGCGAUAAUACUUUGUUAUAACGAUACGGAAAUAAUAUAAGGCUCGAUAGAUUAAAAAUCAAACUAAAAAUUCAAUUUUGUUAUAAUAUACGACUAUGAAACGUGCGUCUCUAGAUGAUAUUUUUAGCAGCCAUGAAAUGUAUCGAAUAUAUAAUCUAAAAUUCCGAAAUAUUUCAUU